AUGCAUAUUGUGGUGUCGAUCGGACGCCAGAUUGUAGGAGCGAAUGCCGUCGGGAACCGGUCACAUCAAAUUUGCAAGUUUGCAAGGGUAAAGGCGCGUGGGAAUCGGUUCCAUCCUCUUAUCGUAGGACACAAGGUCGAACCAAGCCGAGGAAUGGCCGUGCGAGAAGCCACCACUCCCGAACUGGCGGGUGGUCGAGAGCUGGAAGGGUUUCCAGGGUGA